UUCUUCCCUUACUUUUUUUGAUGUCAAACUCAAACUCCCCAAUCUCUCACUUUUCUCCCUCUUCCACGCUACUUUCUUGUCGGCAUUCCCAUCCUUUUUUGCAGUAAAAAUCUCUGUCUUCUCCUCACCUUUUUCUACAUAACCCACAGAUUCAUUCUCUUCUCCUUCUUCUUCCUAAAUCAGAAUUAGAUUUCCCAAAAGUAGAAUUUCCUUAAAUAUAUCUUACCCCUUUUCCUCUUCCUAUCCUCUUCAUCUUCCAGUCUACCACUUUUCAAGAUCUUUCUACCACAGGGUUUAUUUACUGAAGCAAAAAACACAAUCAGAAGGGGUGUUUGAAUACUUGGAAUGUGAUGAUAAAUGUGAUGAAUCCCAGUAAAGAAUCCAUGAAAGAGGUAGAAAGUUGCUUGGAUCGUCAGUUAUGGCAUUCAUGUGCAGGAGGUAUGGUCCAAAUGCCAGAAAUAAACUCCAAAGUUAUUUAUUUCCCACAAGGUCAUAUAGAACAUGCUCAAGUUAAUACUACUGAUCUUAAAAAUUACCCAAAAAUACCCCCAUUAAUCCCAUGUAGAAUUUCUGGGAUUAAGUAUUUAGCUAAUCAGGAAAACGAUGAAGUUUAUGCAAAAAUUAGAUUAAUACCUUUAAGAAAGAAUGAUUUUGAUUUUAAUGAUGAUGAUGAUGGGUUUAUUGGGAGUAAUUACGACAUGGAAGGGUCGUCUGAAAAACCUGCAUCAUUUGCUAAAACAUUAACCCAAUCUGAUGCUAAUAAUGGAGGGGGGUUUUCAGUACCGCGUUAUUGUGCUGAAACUAUUUUUCCUAGGUUGGAUUAUUCAGCUGAACCCCCAGUUCAGACAAUCCUUGCUAAGGAUGUUCAUGGGGUUACCUGGAAAUUUAGGCAUAUUUACAGGGGUACUCCUAGGAGACAUCUUUUAACUACUGGGUGGAGUAAUUUUGUCAAUCAGAAGAAGCUUGUAGCUGGGGAUUCGAUAGUUUUUUUGAGGUCGGAAAAUGGUGAUUUGUUCGUUGGGAUUCGGAGGCCUAAGAGGGAUAUCUUAUAUUGUGGUGGCUCCUCCUAUGGCGGUGGUGAAGGUGGUGGUUGUGGCGGUGGAGGGUUUGGUGCUUUUCUGAGGAAUGAUGAGAACAGAAUGGUUCGAAGUUUCGAGGGGAUGGGGUCUAACAAUAGUAGUAGUAGUAAUAAUGAGAAAAUGAGAGCGGAAUCUGUUGUGGAAGCUGCUAAUCUUGCUGCUAAUGGUAGACCAUUUGAGGUGGUUUAUUAUCCUAGAGCAAGUACACCGGAGUUCUUUGUUAAAACGGGAGCGGUAAGGGCGGCGAUGCAAGUUCAAUGGUGUCCUGGAAUGAGAUUUAAGAUGGCUUUCGAGACUGAGGAUUCUUCUCGCAUCAGCUGGUUUAUGGGGACUGUAUCUUCUGUUCUUGUUCUUGAUCCUAUCCAUUGGCCUAACUCGCCUUGGCGCCUUCUUCAGGUAGCAUGGGACGAGCCGGAUUUACUCCAGAAUGUGAAGAGGGUGAAUCCAUGGUCAGUUGAGUCAGUGCCAAACAUGCCACCAAUCCAUAUGUCACCAUUUUCGCCUCCUAGAAAGAAGCCAAGGCUUCAUCAAGUUCCAGAUCAAAUCCCAUUUGCUGACCAUCUUCCAAUUCCGACCUUUCCUAGUAGACUCUACGGCCCUAACGGGUCCGGGCCCGGAUCCUUAUUUGGUUUCGCAGAGGUCGUCCCUGCAGGCAUACAGGGAGCCAGGCAUGCUAACUUCAGACAAUUCUUGUCAGAUCAUAUAAUAAACAACAAAGUAAAUUACUCUAGUCUUCUCUCUAAUGGACCCGACCUGAAAUUCCACCAUGGUAGCAGCUUCUCAUCGAAAAAGCCGAUAGUCAGGGAAAACCUUUCAUCUUUCUUAACAAUGGCAACAACUCUCCAAGAAGAAACUCCCAAGGAAAAUGAUACAAUGACACCUAAAUUCAUGCUGUUUGGGAAACCAAUUCUAACCCAGCAGCAAAUUUCAGAAAGUUGUUCCAGUGAUUCAGCAAAAACUGGUUCAAACUCAUCUGAUCAUGAUAAUUGUAACGAUACAUCAAUGAACAGAUCUUCAUCUUCUGGUGGGGAAUUUCCCAGUUUGGAUUCAGAUGCGGGCAGAAGUCUCAGCCUUUCGGGCUUAAGUUCAUGUGAUGGUUUGUAUAAGAAGAUCGCACAACAUGUUUGGCAGGGAAAGAUCCUAGAAGCCGAGCAAUGUGCUCUUUAAUCUCGUCUUUUUUAGUUGGUUUAGGAAUGGCAUACACAUUGGUUAUGUAACUUUUUUUUUAAUUGAACACGUACAAGAUUUUCGAAUGUAUCAUCAUUUUGUAAAGGAAACGGCUCCUAUCCAUUUCCGGGUUAAUAACCCUGAAAUGGCAAGGAGCCCAUUCCGAUCCUUAAUUGUCAAGCUUUUCCUUAAUACACCGUUAUGCAAGAUUGCUAAGUUAGUU